AGAGUCGUAUGAUCUUGGAUGCCUUUGCCCAGCAGUGCAGUCGAGUACUUAGUCUCUUAAAUUGUGGAGGAAAACUUCUGGACUCCAACCAUUCUCAAUCUAUAAUUUCUUGCGUAAAGCAGGAAGGCUCUAGUUACAAUGAAAGACAGGAACAGUGUCACGUUGGGAAAGGAAUCCACAGUCAGACCUCAGACAGUGUAGACAUAGAGAUGCACUAUAUGCAAAGGAAACAACAAACUUCUGCCUUUUUGAGGGUUUUCACCGACUCUCUCCAAAAUUACCUGCUCUCGGGGAGCUUUCCAACUCCAAACACCUCGUCAGGCAGUGAGUAUAGCCACCUGGCCGACGUGGAUCCUCUCUCAGCCUCCCCGGUGCACACACUGGGCGGCUGGACCUCCCCAGCAACGUCUGAAUCCCACGGCCACCCAUCCUCUUCUACACUGCCGGAGGAGGAGGAGGAGGAGGAGGAAGAGGAAGGCUACUGCCCUCGAUGCCAGGAGUUGGAGCAGGAGGUUAUUUCAUUGCAACAAGAAAAUGAAGAGCUCAGAAGGAAAUUAGAGAGCAUUCCAGUGCCCUGCCAGACUGUGCUGGAUUACCUGAAGACAGUGCUGCAGCACCACAACCAGCUCCUGAUGCCCCAGCCAGCUGACCAGCCGACUGAGGGAAGCAAGCAGCUGUUGAACAACUAUCCUGUCUACAUCACGAGCAAACAGUGGGAUGAGGCCGUAAAUUCUUCAAAGAAAGACGGGAGACGGCUCCUUCGAUACCUCAUCAGAUUUGUUUUCACAACUGAUGAGCUUAAGUACUCAUGCGGCCUUGGGAAAAGGAAAAGGUCAGUGCAGUCAGGAGAGACAGGUCCUGAAAGACGCCCUCUGGAUCCAGUUAAAGUCACGUGCCUCCGAGAAUUCAUUAGGAUGCACUGUACCUCCAACCCCGAUUGGUGGAUGCCCUCAGAGGAGCAGAUAAACAAAGUGUUCAGCGACGCUGUGGGUCACGCCCGGCAGGGGCGUGCAGUGGGGACUUUUCUGCACAACGGUGGCUCAUUUUAUGAAGGGAUCGAUCACCAGGCUUCACAGGAUGAAGUCUUCAAUAAAAGUUCACAGGAUGGAUCUGGGGAUUAGUGGACAGAAUCUUCCCUACUGUAGCAGCCCGUCCUUUCAAGAGCUCCAGUUGUGAAUGUCUAUGUACCUGUCACCUGAGAGUCCAAAGCAUGUUAUUCUGUCAUGUUAUUCUGUCAUACUUUACAUGUUCUCAACCUUAAAACUCUUGACCAACUGCCACAGUUCCAAAAUAGAAUUCCACUCUAUGGUUGUUUGGGAAGUCUGUGGCAUCUACAGUAGACAUAAGGAAUAUUAUCAGAAGUAAAACUAGAGUUGCUAUACCAUGUCUGUUGACUGAACGGUGAGGGUGAAAAAGUAGGUGAGCUCCUGGUGAUGUGCCCCACAUCUUCAGACUAGCUGUUUCCUUUGCAGAGCUGGUCUCUAAGGGAGGCUAGGUUAGUGUUCAUGCCUGUGGGAGAAAGUAAGAUGUGGAGUUAUUUUAAGGAUCAAGGACUAAACAUUCUCUUAGUUUAAUUCAAGUGAGUUUUCUUUCUGUUUUCCAAAGACUUCAAUUAGGAAUUCUCAGCAAAGACUCAGAAUAGCGGACAUAUAUGCUGUCUGUAUAUCAGCAGACCUGCUUUAACGAAAAGCCAGAGAACAGAGGCCAUGUGUAUAGACAGUGGUUCAUUGGAAGCCAGCUACUUUUGUGUUGUUUUACAAAGAAAACUUCCAUCUUGUUGCUCACAAAGGCUGUGUGAUCACUGGAGUUUACAAACAGAAGUAGUGUUUCGUUGUGUUAGUUAAGAAACAUCCAAAGAUCCAAAAUCAUUUUCAAAUGCUUGACUUUGUAGAUUCAUAGAUCCACAGUUUCCAUAGCCUUAAGUUAGGCUUUCUCGACACAAUGCCAAAGUAAUGGGUUGAACAGUGAGACUUGGUGUAAGUUAGUUGUUUGGUGCACAGCGUACCAGACACAUGGUGUGACUGAUGGUAUUUGCCGCCUUGACCAGGUGUUCUGGAGUUGUAGACCCACAUUUUCAAGGCCAUUCUGACAACUAUGCAAUGGGUUUGUCAGUAAUUUCUCUGAAAUUUGAAGGUCUUUCUGUGCUGAGUUGAUCUUCAGAAUUUAUAUGAAACUUCUAUUUCCCUUUGUCACUGAUGUAAAAGUUUGAUCCCAACUGUGUGUGUGCCUCCUUUUCCCCAGUAUUCUCCUGAAAGCCAGGUUUUGGCUAAUUUCACACUGUUCUACUUUCAGCCACUUCCCUUUUAACUUGUUGAGCUCCGUGUGUGAAAUAGUGCUGUCUUUGGAACCUUUCCUUGGCAAAUGCUGCAGAGGUGCUAGCAUCAUUAUUUAUGAGGAUUUAGCUUUGGAGGUGAGGGGAGACUCCCUGUAUCAAACUAGUGUGGAUUACUGCAUUCUUCGUUGCACAAACAGCUAAGUUGGCAGCAUUUCUUGAGGGCUGUUGUCAUCUACAAACACAACUCAAAACUGAUGGACAUUCAAAUUGAUGAGCAUCCAUUUAUGAAGUACAUUUUUUAAACCUUUUUUGUGAAGGUAAAACCAUAAAUUAGCCUUGCGUUCAGUAAUUGGCGAGCAUCCAAAGUAUGUGUAGUCCCAGAAGCAGGUCCUUCUGUAGCCUCUUUGAUUUUUGGUACUGACAGUUGAACUCAGGACCUCGCACUUGCCUGGCAGGUACUUGUGCUGCUGAGCUGUAUCCUCAGCCCCACUUCUGUAGCCUCUUUAAUGAUUGUUAGCUUUCGUCCAUCAAAAAGUUUAAUGUAUCUGAGAUGGUCAUUUGUCAGGUUUGUAACAGGUAUAGCAAGAACUAAUUCCAGGCCUGUUUUUGGGCAAAUGAACUAAAGUUUGGGAGUAAAAAAAAUGAUUCACAAGGCAAAUGUGGUGACUCUUAUUGCACCUGAUGAGACCAGUAGUAUCCCUGGAUAUCCAAAGAAGAUAAUUCCUUGAUGUGUUCGUAAAGGUCUGAGAACUCAGUGUCAUAUGAGAUUCUUUGAUGACAUGAAAUGGGUAGAAGGAAACAUGACCAUAGCCUCAUCUGUCUUUGCAUCUUACAUUUUUUUUUCACCCUGGGUUUUAGUUAUCCUUACUGCUGAGUACACUGUCCUUGUUUUUUCUAGCAGCAAUAUUUGACCAACACUUUAAGAAAAAUAGAAUAGCUUUGUUUCCUGUUAAGUUUGAGAGUUCUGCACAUUGCUUCCCAUCUGAGCAUCAUCGUGAAGUUCAGUGAAGUUCAGUGUCGUGGUGAUCUUCACGGAUGGGGACGAGCACACCCGUACACUCAUUCUGCAUAGCCUUCCAUGUGACGGGGCUGCACCACACCCGUGAGUGGCUGUGAUUUUCACUACUUGCAGAGGCUGCUCUAGUGGGCUUGCACACCGGCCUUGCUCCAGACACACCAGGUCCUCCCUCGUUUGCUCCCACUCCAGGUGAGUUAUUUCUCUACGGCACAAGUUUUAGAAUGUUGGAAGGACAUGCUGGCUUUCUGUUCACCUCUCUGGAAACCAAGGCCCACAGGGACGACUCAGCACCCCACAGCCAGAUCUGAAGCCUUUCUGGGUGUUCCUUUCUCCUUGUUGUGUGUGUGUAAUUGCUGUACCCCUUUAGUCCACCUUCCGGCUCAGGGGCUUACAUCCACAGGGCUGUGACCAAGCGUCCCCUCAGACACCCUGCUGUCUGCUCUCCUUGGCACACAUCCAUGCUGCUGCUUGUGCUUCCUCUUUAAGGUUGAUGUUACUGACCUCAUGACAGUCACCUGGCUUUUAAACCAGGGCUUACAAAGGACAUUCGAUUUUUUGUUCUUUUGUUUUUCGUCUUUGUCUUUGGUAAGGCUUCUGUGUGGCAAGGUUAAAAGCUCACCACUAGCCAGGCAUGGUGUCACGUGCCUGUAAUCCCAGUACUCGGGAGGCUGAGGCAAGAGGAUUGCCACAAGUU